UGGCGUAGCUGCCACGUCCGAGGACAAGCGACUGACAAAAAUAGAAAAGCGUACGAAGUCAUAGUAGUAUCCAACGAGAGGUAGCGUUCCAUGUGAGUUCCUUAGUGUUCCGUAGUACGCGAAAUCCAAAAGACAUGGCACGAGUCCCCAUGAGAUCAUCCCUUAGAAGUAGAGACUCAUCGAGCACCUCGACCGGAGCGGAUCCUCGCGAGAGGAUAAAGGACUGCUGUAGAAAGCUCGUAGCUUUCAUGUGUACUCAGGUCGGCGUCGGUGGUUUGGUCGUUGGCUACGCCAUAGUCGGUGCUUUCGGUUUCAUGACCAUCGAGACACGGCAGGAAUAUUCCCACUUGGCCGAAGUCGACAAGCUUCGUAACAUCAGUGCCAAAGAACUCUGGAUAAAAACGGCAGCAGAUCCCGAGGUGAACGUCUUAAAUAAAACAGCAUUCGACCUGAGGACAAAGUUGAUAUUAAAGAAGUUUCAAGAAAAUUUUACACUUGCCGUUAAACGUGGAUACGACGGUAGAAAGGCUAUAGAGGUCUGGUCAUUUCCGGCUGCACUUAUGUUCUGUCUUUCUAUAUUUACCAUGAUCGGAUAUGGUAACAUGGUACCACGUACCUCCUGGGGUAAAGGUACCACUGUGAUGUAUGCUGUCUUCGGCAUACCAUUAUGGUUGUACAGGUGGAUUCAUGAGUGCAGUGGCAAGCAACGUACUGGUCCGCGUAUCAUAGUACCCUCGACAGCUUGUUUAUGGGUGAUAUUUGGAUAUAUCGCAGCUGGCGCCAUAAUGUUUGCCGAAUGGGAAGGAUGGAAUUAUUUGGACAGUGCUUACUUCUGUGUUACGUCGCUCUGCAAAAUUGGUAUUGGUGAUUUCGUACCUGGUGCUAAUAUCCUGGAAUCAAAAAGUGGCAGUCAGACUAAAUUGGUUAUUAAUUUUGUAUAUCUUCUACUGGGUAUGGGAUUGAUUGCCAUGUGUUACAAUCUGAUGCGAGAGGAUGUCAGAGUUAAGGCUCGUGAACUACGUGAAGACUUGAGAGAGGCUUUGGAAGAUAUUAGGAUUAAAAUGCUUACGUGUUGUCGGGGUAAUCCAGAUUGAAAGGCGCUGUAUCGAUUGACGUAUUGA